AGACAACCUAAUGAGUAUUAAUAGAUCAUGCUAAUAGGAUUGGCAGAGGCGGCGUGAGGUGUGCCUUUGUCCUCAGCGGCUUCAUUCACGUGUGCAGUCGCAGUCAGCUAUCAGGAGCCCGACGGACAGACAUGAAGGACCCGCAGUUCCCAGCCGGCAAAUCAAGAGUAUGGCCGAAGCAGAAGGACAACAAAAAAUCCAAGGCUAAGUGUUCUCCGGUGAACAAGGCAACCAAACCGGUGUCUCCCGCUUUGGCCCGAGCCAUCCCGGAGCUGACCGAGGAGGAGAGAAUGAAGCAGACGCCGUUUGAGAGGGUCGUCUAUGACAUGACCCACAAUUCGAGGGUUGUCAAUGACCUGAUGCUGGGGCGGAGGAUUGGCUUCUAUGAACUGAGGGGGGAAAUCGGAGAGGGCAACUUCUCUCACGUCAGGCUAGGCAUCCACGCCUUGACUAAAGAGAGAGUCGCUAUCAAGAUCAUGGACAAGCAGCGUUUGGAUAAGAAGAACCACUCCAUGUUUUCCUCAGAGAUCAGCUGCAUGGAGAAGCUGCACCACCCCAACGUGGUGCGACUGUACGAGGUGAUGGAGACCAGUAAGAAAAUGUACCUGGUGAUGGAGUACGGCAGCGGUGGAGACCUGUUCUCCCGUAUCACCACCAGGGGGAGACUUACUGACUUGGAAUCCAAGCUUGUCUUCGCUCAGAUUGUCUCUGCUGUUAAACACAUGCAUGACAAUAAAAUCAUCCACCGAGACCUGAAGGCAGAAAAUAUCUUCUACACUACCAGCUACUGCAUCAAGGUGGGUGACUUUGGCUUCAGCACAGAGUCCUGCCCCACUGAGGUCCUCACCAGUUUCUGUGGCUCGCCACCGUACGCUGCUCCUGAACUCUUUAGGGAAAAAGGCUACAAUGGGUACCAUACAGACAUCUGGGCAUUGGGCAUUCUUCUGUACUUCAUGGUGACAGCCACCAUGCCUUUUCACGGGGAGAACCUGGGAAAGCUGAAGCGCUGCAUCCUCCAAGGAUCCUAUAGCAUCCCUGUAUAUGUGGCAGAUCAGUGUCAGCUGGUCAUUAAAGGCAUGCUGCGCCCCUUGCCUGUUGAUCGCUCCUCCCUCACCCAGAUUACAGGCAGUAGCUGGCUGAAGGGGAUUGAGUACCCUCAUCCUCAUGCCAUGUUGUCCCUGUCUCCUGCCCACUUUGCCCAGGCCUCCCAGGCUCUCUGCGUGGAGGAGGAGGAAGUUAAGGGUUUACUGUCGGAUCUGGGCAUCUUGCCGGCCCAUUUGCUGAAUAAUCCUUGCGCAGACUCUAGGAGCCCGCUUACAGGGACAUACCGGAUCCUGCUGCACCGGGUCCAGAAGAGGAGAUCAGUGGAGGCGGUAGGUUACUCAUCGCUUUACCCCGAGGAGUAUAAGAACACAAGGAACUGGUCUGCAGCAGCUGUGGAUAAACACAAUCCCUCUGCUGUGUGCGUUAUACUGUAAUGUGUAUGUGAGUAUGUGUGUGGAGUGGCAGAGGUGGGACCUUUGAACACAGGAUGGACUUGCACUGGUAGCAGCCUGUAGGUAAUCGCAUCUUUGCAAAAGUGCACAUGCGCUCACACUCGUUCACAGACUAGCCCACACUCUCACUCGCUCAGGUGAUGAGGUGUUACAUGUUGAAAUGAUGCGCUGUGCCACAGAGACACGAGAGGAAAGUUUAGGUUAGCGUUAGAGGCAUUUCCUCACUGUCUCUGUAAGUCUGUCACAGCUUACAGGCUAGGGCACCUCUCAACUCUCCGUGCUGAUGAUCUCAUCUGUACCCAGUACAUCCAGCUGAUUGACGCACAAGAUUAAUUAAUCACUAUAUGGCUAUCAGCAUCUUCCAAUCCUCCUUAGUCAUAAAAUAAAUCUGCUGCAGUCAUUCAAGGCCAUGGUUAAUCCUCAUGAGGGAGGCACAGAGAGUGCUUGGGCCAUAUAGAAACUAAGCAGGAAAAAUAUUUCCUGGGAUUUAAGGAAUUAUAUUUAGAACACAUUGACUGAAAUUGAUUUGUUGAUUAUUUAACUGAGUUGAAUGAUCAUUAAAUUGCUUGACCAAGUGCUGUCUGAAUUAAAAUCAACUUUAUUAGCUGCAGUACGUUCCAUAGAUAAAAAAUAAUAAAUGCAAAUGUUGCACAGACAAACCACAAUAUACUCAACAUGCAAUACUGUAUGUUUAAAUGCAGCCUGUUAGCAGUUAGAGCAGCACUGCACACAUGUAGAACCAAUUCAGCUGUCACUGAAAUCCACUGUUGUGUUUUAAACACAAAAAUUGAUGCACCUAAAAUGCCUUCAUUUAAUAUUGGUGUUAAUGGAAAUCAAAACUGUUUGUGUAUGAUAUGUGCAUUUUCUGAUUGUUAUUUUCCAAUUGUCACAAAAAUGUCUUAUCUGAAGCAUGGAAAUUUUUGAGUGUUGUGCAAUUUGCAUUUUUUUUUUAAAUUUCAAAUUGAAUUUUUCAGUAUCUAUAUUAAGUACUGUGCUUGUGUUUGCUUACAUUUUAAGGCAAGACUUGAGCAAUUAAGCAUUUCAUAAAUGCUUUGUGCAUACUGGCCUGAACGUCAUGCCACUCUGUAUACAGAUAAUUAUUGUAAUAAAUUAUAAUAAUGACAAAAUAAAAUGUUUUCAGAAUA